AUGCAAACAUGUUCAUUAAAUUCGAAAAUUUUAUUAAAAUUACGAUGUCGAAAUCGUACUGGACAGUAUAUACUGAAUGAUUUAACUUCAAAUUCAACUAUUCAUGAUUUAUUAAAAACAAUUAUUUCAAUUCUAGGUGUUACACAACAAUCUUCUAUAUCAGUUUAUUAUGGAUAUCCUCCUGUGAAAUUGGAUUGUAGUACUGGAAAUAUUGAUAAACAACUUUGCGAGAUACCUAUUCGUUCCGGUGAUUUACUUACUGUGGAUAUUAUUAAAGAAAAAGUUGAUGAAGACCAACCCAUACACUAUCCUCCAUAUACCACCGUUGAAACACCACAAUCAAUCAAAACCACUAAUAAUAAUGAAUCACAUUUAAUUCGUUUAUCAGCACCAUCUGAUAAUUCAUGUUUAUUUACAAGUGUAUUAUUUUGUAUGAAUAAUGAAGAUGCGCAUUUAAAAAUGAAUCAUUUACAAGUAAUAACAAAUAUAGAAGAAGUGGCGAAUUUACGUGAAAUUAUAUCAACUAUUGUAUUAAAUGAUCCAAUUAAUUAUUCAGAAGCAUUUCUUGGCAUGUCAAAUGAACAAUAUUCAUCACAAAUACGACAAUCAGAUAAAUGGGGCGGUGGUAUUGAAGUGUCUAUUUUAUCCAAAUUAUAUAAAAUUCAAAUAUGCAUUGUUGAUAUUGAAUCGUGUCGUAUUGAUUGUUUCGGUGAAGAUCAAAAUUAUACUAAACGUAUCUUAUUAAUUUAUGAUGGUAUACACUAUGAUCCAUUGGCACAACAAUGUCUAUCACGUGAUUGUUUAAUUACUGUCUUCUCAGCAAAUGAUGAUAUCAUUUUAUUUGAAGCUCAACAAUUAGCAGCAAAAGCUCGUGCUGAAUGGGCAUUCACUGAUCUCUCAUCAUUUACAUUACUUUGUCAACAAUGUGAUGCUCCAUUGGUUGGUCAAUCCGCUGCACAAAAACAUGCUCAAUUAACAGGUCAUACACAAUUUAAAGAGAUUAAACAUUAA